UUGUAGCAUUCAUACGGUGUGGUUUAGAUUUUAUUUUUGGUUUUUUUUGGUUUUUUUCUGGUUUGCAAAUCAAUUUUUUGUCGUAAAUUUUUUUUUUGGCUCCUCAUUUUUUUUCUUCUUCUUCGAUAUACAUGUUGCAAGUUAUUCAAAAUACUUUUGCUGUGUGUGUGUAUGUUUUACAGUGUUUGUCUGGUUUCUUCUUCUGUUUUCUUCUUCGAUGUGAGUGCGCGCCGCUUUUUUUUUUGCAUUUUGGCUCUCUCUUUAUUUAUAUCCGCUGUUCGUUCUACUUUUGUUGUUGUUGUCGUCGUUUGUUGAUGUCGUCGUCGUCGUGUUGUGUUUUUGAUGAUCGAGCCCGCCGUAUUCAUCGAAUGUUUUUUUUGUGUGUGUUUUUCAAAAAAAACUACAAAGUUUUGUUUGAUUUUAGUUUGUUUCUGUGUCUGUUUCUUUAUCAGUUUCUUUGGCUUAUCAUCAGAAUCGAUUGACAAUCAUCAACAACAUUAAUUGACAUUUUUGAAAUUGGAUUUUGUUUUUCUGUUUUCCCCGGGUGAAAAAACAAACAAACAAAACGAAACGAAACUGUCCUGUUUUUUUGUGUGUAAACAUUGAAAGAGAGAAACAUCCAUCUCUAUAUAUUUGAUAUUCUACAGACGCCAUCUUACGGCGGUUAAAAACGGAACAAAAAAACAAAAAUAAAACGUUCGAUUUUUUUCCCGCCGCCGGUGUCAUUUCGUUGUUUUUUGGUUUUUCGGAAAAGAAUAUUCUUGAAGAAUGACUUGAUUAUAUUUGAUCUGUCAUUUACAAAAGGAAAAAUCAAUUCAAAUUUUGGAAGAAAACACAGAAGGAAGUUAAAUUAUGUUACUAAGCUCACAAAAUCAUAAUCAAUCUUUAUCAAAUAAUCACCAGAAUCAUCAUCAUAAUUUUCAAAAUUUAAAAAAAUUUAAAAAAAUGACAACUAGCGGCAUGAUAACGGCAACUAAAAGUAUUGGUAAUAAUCAACAACAAUCGCUACAACAACCGCAACAAUCGCAACAUAAUCGAAAUAAUUCAAUGGAUCAAGGUUUGAAACAAAAUAUGAUGAUUUUCAAUGGAAUUCGUCAAUCAUCAUCAUCAUCAACGAUCCAUAAUGAUCGUAAUGUUUCCUAUACAUUUUCACAAAAAACUAUAUGUUCAACUGGUCAACAAACAAAUGAUUUGAAAAAAUCAUCAAAUGAUAUUAACGAUGAUGGUUAUUGUAUAAAAGAAUCAAUUACAAAUCAACAGAAUAAUAAUGGUAGUGGACGAAAAAGAAAACAUCCAUUAUUAAGCGAUAUAAAUGAAAUGAUUACCUGUGCUAUUUGUAGUGGUUAUUUUAUUGAUGCAACAACAAUUGUUGAAUGUUUAGAUACAUUCUGUAAAUCAUGUAUUGUUAAUUAUUUAGAAACAUCAAAAUCAUGUCCAAUUUGUGAUGUACCAUUAAGUAAAAUUAAACCACAUCAAUCAUUACGACAGGAUAAAUUGAAACAAAGUCUUGUGUAUAAAUUAAUACCACAAAUAUUUAUUGAUGAAAUGAAACGUCGAAGAAAAUUUUACGAUGAACAUAAUGAUCAACAAUCAUUUAGUAAAGAAGAUUCUGGUCAAGUUUCAGUUCAUUCUUGUUAUUUUCGUCCAAAUGAUAAAAUAUCAAUGUCAAUUGAAUAUUUAGAUGAACCAAUCAAUUCAACAACAACACCGACAAAUAAUGCAAUGAUAAAUGCAAAAAUUUCACUUGUCAAUCAUACAAUGAAAAAAACACGUUCAUCAAAAACCAUUCAUCAACAACAACAGAAUGAUCAAAAUACAUUACAAGCAAAUAUGAAUCAAGAUUGUUCAGAGAAUAUGGAUGAUGAUAUACUUUAUAUACGACAAGAGGAUAAACCGGUUCGUCGUUAUUUACUGUGUCCAGCAGCAUUAACAAUAUUACAAUUAAAAAAAUUAAUAUCAAAUAAAUAUUCAUCAUUUGAUUGGUUUGAUGAAUUUAAAGUUGAAAUUUAUUAUUCUGGACAGCAAUUAAAAGAUGAUUAUACAUUGAUGGAAAUUGCCUAUAUUUAUACAUGGGGAGCGAAUGAUCCAAUGAGAUUUUCCUAUUGUUUUGUACGUAAACGUACAAAUACACAAUUGAAAGCAAUUGAAAAUUCUGUUUGUGAAGAACCAUCAUCAUCAUCAUCAUCAAUGACAUCGAAAAAUCAAAAACAAACAGCUUCUUCAUCAUCAAAUCAUCAAAUGACAUCAUCCACUAGAUCACAAACAACAACAAAUCCUACUACAACCACAUCAGUUCGUAAUAAUUCAACAUCAAUGAUAAAUAAUCGUUGUGAUGCAAAUGUUGGUACUACAAAUAAUAAUUAUUGUCCAAAACGUAUUGCAAUUACAAAUCCAAUACAAAAAAUAUCAACAACAUCUUCACAACAACAAUUGAUUACAAAAACGAAUCCAAAUUCGCGUAUAAUAAUUCAACGUGAAUAUGAUAAUUAUCAUCCGGGUGAAUUAGCUAAAAAACGACCAAAAUUAAUGGAUGAUAAUGCUGAAUUUACACAUACGGGUACACAAACAUUAUCGACAAACACAACUAAUAAUAAUAAUAAUUCACAUCAUCAGAUGCCAACAACAACAACAACUACGGUUCGAAUUACAAAUACAACAACAACAACUAGUACUGGUUAUAAUGUUCGUUCAACGAUGGCAAAAACAUCAGUUUCUUCAUCAUCCAAAUCAUCAUCAAUAACAUUUAGUCGAAAUAAGAAUGGUGAUUUUGUUGCCAAAUCAAUAACAACACCAUCAGUAAAACGAUCGAUUGAUUCAAUUGUUUCGGAUGAUAAAUCUUCAUCAUUAAAAACAUCAACAACAAAACCAACAAUAAUAAAAUUAGCAAAUGGAAAAGAUAAUAAUAAUUCAGCGAUAAAACCAAUAACACAUGCAUUAUCACCACCAGCAAUACGUAUAAAAUUAACAACAUCACAAAAUUCAUCACCACAAUUGAUUGGUCAGAUAAUAUCACCUAUACCGCCUGAAGAAAAUGUUACAUUGGAAAAUAGUAAACAACAACAAGAACAACAAACAACAAAAUCAAGUGGUAAUCUUGUAUUAAGAAUAUCAACAAAAUCACUUGAAUCAAAAACAAUUAUUGUGCCAAAUACACAGGAUAAUAAUGUUAAAAGUCAUGAUCCAUCAAGAUCUCCAUCAACAACAACAACAACAACAAAAAAUCCAGAAUUACCACGUUCAUCACCAUCAUCAAAUCGUCUGCAUAAAUCAAGUGAUUCACCACCAUCAUCAUCAUGUUCACCACCACAAUUAAUGGUUGAUGAAGAUGAUAAUUCUAUUGAACCAAAAUUAAUUGUCGAUAUGGAUCGUUCAAAUGAUGAUUCAGAUGAUGAUGAUGAAUGUUCCAAAUUAGUUAUGGACAUAAAUGCUGAUAAUUCCAAUGCAAAAAAUAAUGUCUACGAACAAAAAACCAAUGAAUCUACACAGAAGAAAACUUUACAAACAGAAUCCCAGCAACAGACAUUAUCAUCACCAUCACGAUCCAAACCAGAAUCUACGUCAAAAUCUGAUGAUGGUUCAUGUUCCAAACAACAACAACAAUCCUCGCCUAAAUCAUCACCGAUGAAAUCAUCACCAUUAUCCGUAUCGGCUAUAUUAACACCAACAUCAUCAACAAUAACAACAACAUCAACAUCACAACAACGUCGUCUUUCAAUAUCUGAUAAUAUGAAUAAUGUUGAUAAAAAUUCAUUAAAUUCAUUAUCAAUUUCGAUAACAAAUUCUACAUUUAACAAUGUGGAUAAUGAAAAUACAAUCAGGCCAAAAUCAUUAGCAUCAAAAAUUGUACCACCAUUAAAACCAUAUAUAACAACAAGUAAUAAUAACAAACAACAAUCAACAUCCAGUUCGAAAUCAACACGUCCAUCAUCAUCAUCAUCGAAAACAAGUGGAUCAUCAUCGGCUGUGGUCAGAAUGAAUAAUAAUAAUGGUCCGAUGUUUGGAACACAAUCAUCAUCAACUACAUCUGCAUUCAAUAGCAAUUUACUUGGCCAUUCAUCAUUGCAAUCAUCGUCAACAACGUUGAAACCAUCAUCAUCAUCAUCAUCAUCAACAUCAAGACAGGCAAAUUCUUCUCAAUCAUCUUCAUCAACAUCAUCAUCAUCAUCAUAUCAAUCAGUGUUUCCUUCGUUAAAAUAA